UUUACACCGCCUUUGAGUCUGCUGUGCAGAGCUGUCUGAUCAGCUGUUGCAGCCUUCGUGAGUAACGUUGCCGGUUGUAAAUUUGAGGAGCUCUACUCUUUUGGCUAAUCCAGAUUAACGCCUGUUUGUCGGAUCGACAUGGACAACCGAAAACGACCGUUUGAGGCGGUUUCGACCUUUAAUGAUACAUAUAAAACGCCAGAGAAGAGAGGAUCAGUGGUCCGCCGGCUGCAGGACUCGGACUACAUGCAAUGGGGUGUGGAGGAAACGUGUCAGUACCUACGAAGAGAAGACCUUGGAGAAUGGGAAGAUAAAUUUAGAGAACAAAAAAUCAGAGGUGUCACGCUGCAGUAUCUCAAGGAUGCUGAUCUGGAAAAGAUGGGCAUAGAAUGCCUUGGUGACCGUCUGCACAUCCUACACAGCCUGGGGAAGCUGUGGCAGAUAGAGGGAGGGUUAAAUAAGGUGUUUAAUGAUCCCAUCCACGGGCACGUUGAGCUACACCCACUUCUCAUCAAAAUCAUGGACACACCUCAGUUCCAGAGACUACGAAACCUCAAGCAGCUUGGAGGGACCUACUUUGUUUUUCCUGGAGCAUCUCACAACCGCUUUGAACAUUCGAUUGGAGUGGGUUACUUGGCAGGACGACUUGCGCAAGCUCUGCAAACUAGACAACCAGAACUCAACAUCUCCUGCAGGGACAUCCUUUGUGUGCAGAUUGCUGGGCUCUGCCACGACCUGGGACAUGGGCCAUUCUCCCAUAUGUUUGAUGGGCAAUUCAUCCCCAAAGCACGUCCAGGAAUUACCUGGAAGCACGAGACUGCCUCUCUGGCCAUGUUUGACUACCUGGUGAAUGACAAUAAGCUGAAGUCUGUGAUGAAGCAGCACGGCCUGGUGCUGCCCGAAGACCUGGACUUCAUUAAGGAACAGAUUGCUGGACCAUUGGACGCUAAUGCAGCCAAGGGCAAGAAGUGGCAGUAUAAAGGCCGUCCAAAAGACAAAUCCUUCCUUUAUGAAAUCGUGGCCAACAAAAGAAAUGGAAUUGAUGUGGACAAGUGGGACUACUUUGCCAGGGACUGCCACCACCUGGGCAUCCAGAACAACUUUGACUAUCGCCGCUUUCUAAAGUUUGCCAGGGUGUGUGAGGUGGACGGACAGAAGCACAUCUGCACUCGAGACAAGGAGGUGGGAAAUCUGUAUGACAUGUUCCACACCAGGAACUGUCUCCACAGAAGAGCCUACCAGCACAAAGUGAGCAACAUCAUAGAGACCAUGAUCACAGAGGCCUUUUUAAAAGCAGACAAGCACAUCCAGAUUGAAGGCUCAGGAGGGAAGAAGUUCACUCUCUCCACAGCCAUAGAUGAUAUGGAGGCCUACACCAAGCUGACAGAUGGUGUGUUUGAACAAAUACUGAACUCUUCAUCCGAGGAGCUGGCUGAGGCGAGGCAGAUUCUACGCAACAUUGUCUGUCGACGCCUCUAUAAGUGUGUGGGUCAAACUCAGGCUGAGGAACCCAUAAGUGUCACGCAGGAGAUGAUUCUCUCCUGGGAAGCAAAUUUGGCUGAGACCGUCCCUCUGAGUGGCGCCCAAGAUGUCAGUCUAAAGCCAGAGGACUUUGUAGUUAGUGUCAUUUAUAUGGACUAUGGGAUGAAGGAAAAGAACCCUAUCAACAACGUGCGUUUCUAUUGCAAGGACAACCUAACCACAGCCAUCAAGAUUUGCAAGAACCAAGUGUCUAAACUUCUUCCAGAGCAGUUUGCUGAGCAGCUGAUCAGGGUCUACUGCAAGAAGACAGAUCCUAAAAGUCUGGAGGCAGCCAAGAAACGCUUUGUCCAGUGGUGCAUGAACAUGAACUUCUCCAAGCCUCAGGAUGGAGACAUAAUAGCACCUGAGCUAACUCCCCUGAAAGCCAGCUGGUCGGACAACAACGAAGGAGAGGAUGGUGAAGGUGGCAGCUCGACACACGUAAACUAUGCUCAUGUAAAUGGAGAAAAGAAAGCGAGAACUCAGCUUUUCAAGUAAGAGGAAGAGAGAAGAUGGCCCCUCUAGUACACAUUUGGUAGAUGAGACAGUGCUGAGUUCAAGUUAUAUUUUUCUACAAGGUAAAUGUGUUAAUGAGCACAACAGUUAUUCAAAUCAUUAAUUAUCUGAAAUACAAUUUUUACACCAAAAAGGAAGGACUUCAGAGAUUCAAAAAAUGUGGGUUUCUGAAUAUAUACUCAGUGCCUGCACUCAGGGAUUUUUACGAACACAAAUCCAACACACAUAUUUUAGUUUUUAUCAUUUUUCGUUUUAUUUUAAACUCCCCUGUGCAUCUGGAGCUGCAAGUGUCCCAUUUUUAAGUUGACUUACUUGUUUCAUACCAUGUGCUUAGCAAUAACCUACUAUCAUGCAUCUGCAUCAUGAACAUUAUGGUCAGUUAGUGUUGUGUGAUUUACUCAGAACAUGUAGACAUUCAGCUUUUAAAAGAAGUAAAUCAAAUCUGCAGUCAAAACUCACUUCCUCUGCUGACUUAUUUACUCUACUUCUUUUUACUUGUGGGAUUAUUUGGGUUUGAUGUGAUCUUACAUUUAAUGUAUUUAUCUAAUUUAGAGGUGUUUUCUGGUUGACUUUGUUACUAUAUAUUCUAUUCAUUGUUCUUACACUAAAUAUGUUUGCAUCACAGGUGGUGGUUUUGUUUUAUUUGAAUGUGUUAAAAAAUAUGUUUGAAGUAAUGUAAAGGGGAAAUCUACCAAAGGUACUACUGGAAGGGGUUUCGUAACAGUUACAAAAUAAAACUCUUUUUCUCUCA